CAAUAUCGCAACUAAAAUAAGUCAAAAUAAACAUUUUCGACGUUUGAAGCAUUCAAUUUUGUGCGGAUUGUGAAGCAUCGAACUUGGAAGUGUUUUUAAUAUUUAUGCAAACUAUAUUUAAAUACAUUUGUAAAUAGAGUUUUCUGUUAAAAAUGAGCUACUCACUUCGCCCGCCAUAUUCGUCCGACUCGGAUGAGGACGACAAAUUCUACUACGGUUCUACGGUUCCAGAAGAGGAUAAAUACAAGAACCGUUUCCAUUGGAUACCACAAAGCGAAAAUAGUCUGUAUGAUGUAGUAAAGGAGGGAGAUAUAAAACGUCUGAAGGAAAAAAUUAUUAAUGAGCAAAUCGACGUAGAUGCAGUAAUUAAUGAUUCAACCCUAUUGUUAAUUGCGUGUAAAGAAGGAUAUCUAGAUAUUGUUAAAUUUCUAAUACUUGAGCAGAAAGCCAAUGUCAAUAAGCAGGUUGAUUCAAUAACUCCUUUGAUGAAUGCAUGUGAUUCUUAUAACAAAGAUAAACAGAUCGUAGGAGAAAUUGUUUUAAUAUUGGUCACCAAUGGUGCUGUAAUCAAUGUUUCUAGCAAAUACGGUGUAACGCCAUUUAUGCUUGCUUGCAAAAAUGGAUUUCGAAAUGUUGUAUCUAUGUUAAUAAAAGAUGCUUCGCUUGAAUCAGUGGACAAUUUUGGUUACUCUCCAAUAUUUUUUGCUAUAGAGGGUAAUCACGAGGACAUUGUAAAGAUGUUAGUUGAUGUAGGUGUAUCUUUAACUACGCCAAAUGGCAAAGGAUAUACACCUCAUUUGUUUGCUGAAUAUCAUGGACAUUUUAAUAUUUUGGAAUUAUUACCAAAAAAGGAAGAAGUAUAUCAUGUUCCAAUAAAAUAUAAACAAUACAAUUCUAUACGUGAUCAUAUACCACAAUUGUUCUUGAAAUCGGAAUGCCCAGAAUAUUUUCCAGAAAUAAGCUCAAUUUUAAAGUCUGUUGGUAUGGAAAAACUUUUAGAAUAUUUUGCUAAAGGAAAUGUCUCAUUAGCAGAAUUCUUAUGCAUGACAGACGAGGAGUUAAAGGCACUUGGAAUUAAACUUCCAUUCUAUCGUACUAAAAUAGCGCUUAUUUUGUUAGAUUAUCAUUUAUAUCACUGGUCAGCUAAAGCUAUUGGCGUGGUAAAGAAGUCAGAAACAGAGAAGUUUAGUGAUAUAUUCAUGAUCGCUGCCAAUCAUUUACAACAAAUAAUAAUAACAAAAGCUUCGUUACGUUAUAUUACAAAGAACAUACAAAGAGGCCAGCUUGGAACUGUAGAAAACGAAGAUUUAAGGCAAUUCAGCAAUGCUUUUAAGGCUUAUCGCAAAGAGUUAGAGAAAUUUAGCAAAAUUGUUAAAUAUUUAAGAUCAUUCAGUCCCAAAAAGAACAUAUUGCAUAUCGACUUUGAUGAAAUUGUAGCUGAACGUAAAGCACGUAGAAUCAAGAGAUAUGCUGUUUUAACAAGUUUAUUAAUCGGUGUAUCAGCUUUGGCGUAUUAUAAAUUUAAAUAAAUCUAAGCUGUAUCUCUGUUAAUAUUUUUUUACCUUUACAAAAAUAGACAAACUAA